GCCAAAUGACGCCAAGCAACGAGCGACGGGAAGCUUAAACCGUUCCUACCAAAGGACAUGUGGCUGCUUGACAGCCUUCGAGAACCUCCAUUCACAGAUCGCAAAUCCAAGACCAAUCACUAAUUUCUCGCCACUUUCUGUGCAGGCUCUUUGAAUGAGGGAGAAUUUGCGUUCUUUUCGUCUUGGUCUGUGACCAGGAAGACCCAACCAUGGUGGACUUCCAAGCCCUGAGUGCGAUAUGCGCCCAAUGCCUGGAGCUCGCCGGUAGCAUUCCCCCUCUGCUGUGGUUCAUAUUUCUCCUAUCGACAUUUACCGGGCUCAUUCUUCUUGGGUAUACUCUUCUCUUCCUCGUAGCGCCAAAUCCCCGCCCUCCGCUUCCGCAGGAGAAAAGAUACAAAACUAUUGCUGAAGAUGGAUCAAUUACGGCGCCCCAACUACUGCCUUGCUGGCAAGAUAGCCUACGAGGUCGUACAUCUGGCGACGUAAAAGAAAUGGAGAAGGCGGAGCUUUUUAUGUCCGUCGUGGUGCCCGCAUACAACGAAGAGGAUAGGCUGGGAGGGAUGCUGGAAGAGGCUGUGAAUUAUCUCGAGAAGACGUACGGGACUCUCGCGGAAUGUCUGCAAGAUGGAGCUUUGCGUAAGGAGGACAUGAGGUCGGAAGGGACUCGUCGUCGUAGACUCGACGAAAGGACAAAUGGGAGCAUAAGUGUGCCAUCACGGGGAUGGGAAAUACUCAUUGUGUCGGAUGGUUCCACAGAUGGGACCGUGGAGACCGCGCUAUCCUUUGCUAGAGACCAUCAACUGUCGGUACACCCCAAGAGCCAUGCAGGACCAUGGACAACCAUUUCAAGCGCGGAAGGAGUACAUAUCCCACCAGGGACAAUCCGAGUAAUCACCCUAGCGGAGAAUAGAGGAAAAGGCGGGGCUGUCAUUCAUGGUAUGAGGCAUGUGCGCGGCCAGUAUGUCAUAUUCGCCGAUGCAGAUGGUGCCAGUCGGUUCGACGACCUUGGGAAGCUACUAUCAGCCUGUCAACGCAUAGAAGAUGGGUCGUCUCGAGGUCUUGCAAUCGGAUCCAGAGCACAUCUAGUCGGCAGCGAAGCUGUGGUUAAGCGAUCUAAGCUUCGAAACUUCCUCAUGCACUCCUUUCACCUAAUCCUUCGCAUCCUUACUCCACCCGCCACCGCUGCUAUAAAAGACACCCAAUGUGGCUUCAAGCUCUUCUCCCGCGCCUCUUUGCCAUAUAUCAUUCCCUACAUGCACUCUGAAGGCUGGAUUUUUGACGUGGAAAUGCUCAUGCUUGCUGAAUUUGCAGGCAUUCCUGUGGCUGAGGUGCCGGUGGGCUGGAGAGAGGUCAAGGGGAGCAAGCUGAAUGUCAUAUGGGAUAGUUUGGGCAUGGCAUGGGGUUUGGCUAUCUUGCGGAUGGCAUGGGGGUUCGGCGUUUAUCGGCGGACUUCAGACCAUGGUAUUUUUCGGUGACUAUCAGCUGUCUUGUAUUUUUUCUUUUUGUAUUUUUGCACUGGUUGGCGCUUCUCACUACGUUUUCGUUCUGUAUAUACAGUUCCUGUAUUUUCUCUCGGCAUGUCCCUUAAGUGGACUACGAUAUACCCAUAGAUAUAUAUGACGUUGGUUCUGCGUUCAACGUGGUAUCAAAUGGAUGGUAACUGUUUCCACCAUACAUGCGAUGUGUUAGCCAUGAGUUCAAAAGAUUGUAGCCCCUUGGAACAUAUUUGAUCCAUGUUGAAUUACUCGCGGAUGAUGAGUUGAUACACCAUAUCGACCCUUAUAAAACACGGACUUUUUGUUCACUUCUUUUCUUCCUGUCCCCUUUCACCCUCCCUCCCCGGCCCCAAUAAUGACGUCCUUCUAAUCGUUGGUGUUUGGCCUAGGGUUUCACUAAAUAUAAUUGUGAUUAAGCAAAACGCACAUUACUGCUUUUGCUUUGAUCAGUAGCGAAUAUGUGUAUUUUCAAUUGUCCUUGCUUUCCUAAGGGUUGUGGGGGCCAUGUACGUCCCGG